AUGUCGUCAUCUGAUCAUCCAGAGUCAGAUGGUCAGACGAAACGUGCCAAUCGUGUCCUUGAAGAGAUACUUCGAGGAUACGUACAUUUCUUUAAGAGUUGGAGUGAGUUUUUGCCAAUGGUAGAGUUUGCCAUGAACAACUCGGUGCAUGCGUCCACGACACAUACACCGUUUUACGUGAAUGGCUUGCGCCAUCCGCGUGUACCCACCUUACUCGAGUGUAACUCUGGUUUAACGGGGGGAGGGACUCGCGCGAGCAAAAACCGAUUUGGUUCACGCUCAUCACGCUCUGACGAAGAGGUCAUUGCGUUUGAUGCCGAUAUCGAUAACACCGAUAUCAAAGAAGAUGAUGCCAGUGAGAGUGCGGAAGCCCUCACUGAAGAAAAAAUUGAUGUUGCUGCAGUGCAAUACAGCGCACUGAAGCUAACGAGUCAGCAGAUGAGUUCAUACUGGCUCGUGAAACGGUAG